AUGCGGAUUGGUACUAUUGGCACAAAUGGACUUGCAAGAUAUCAGCCUUUCAUAGUACCAUGGAGCCGCAGCUUUGUGUCUCGAACUGGCGCACCCAAUCGGAAAUGGGUGUAUCGCGAAAAUGAAGAGGUCGAGACGCCAGACAAGGGCAGUUUGUCCGGACGAAUACACAUAUUAGGAAUGGGAAACAUUGGCUGUUUCGUGGCACAUUCAUUGGCAUCUCGAAUGACGCGACCGCUGAUUACUCUGCUCCUACACAAUCGCGAUAUGUACGAGCGCUGGCUGCAACGAAAGCAAACUAUACGCUUGAUGACGAAUGGAUCGGACGAUAACAAGACGGGGUUUGAUGUGAAUGUUUUGGAUAAUAAGACGUGGUAUUCGAUGCCGUACUGGGAUGAACGCAACCCAAGGCUUAGCCCCGAAGAGGAGGAGGAAAAUUAUACGUCACAACUCGAGACAAAUGAUGCUCCAUCCUCUGAGGUUGAUGAUUUUACAGACGAUGAGAAGAUCGAGUGUCUGAUAGUGACCACGAAGGCACCACUCACCGUCAAGGCAUUAUCCUCCGUCAGCCAUCGAUUAACUCCAGACUCGACUGUCCUUUUCCUCCAGAAUGGCAUGGGAGUCAUCGACGAAGUGAACGAGAAAGUAUUCCCCGACCCCAGCGACCGUCCUCACUAUUUACAAGGCAUCAUCUCACAUGGCGUGAAAAUGAAAAAACCAUUCCACAUCGAAUACACCGGACUGGGUACCACCAGCAUAGGGAAUGUACUCUCCUCAAUACCAACAACAACGGACGGAAAACCCUCAAAUACCCCCUGGGCUCCAUCCACGAAGUAUCUCGCACGCACAUUGACAUUGACAGCACCAUUAGUUGCAGUCGCCAAAAGCCCCAUUGCUAUUCUACAAGAUCAACUCGAGAAGCUGGCCAUGAACUGCGUCAUAAACCCGCUUACCGCAUUGUUGGAUGUGAAGAAUGGGGAAUUGCUCUACAAUUACCACAUGACGCGCUCAAUGCGAAUGCUACUCGCCGAAAUUUCGACAGUUAUCUGCGCCUUGCCAGAACUAGAUGGCGUUCCCGGUGUAAAAGAACGUUUCUCGACUGAACGAUUAAAGGCGAGAGUCAUCAAAUUGGCCAAUGCAACGGCUCAAAAUACGAGCUCCAUGCUUCAGGAUGUGCAUGCAAUGAAAACAACGGAAAUUGAAUAUAUUAAUGGAUACAUUGUGCGUCGAGGGAAUGAGCUGGGCAUUAGGUGUGCGCUGAAUUAUAUAAUUAUGCAGCUUGUGCUGGGGAGAAAUCAAAUCUCCAAACUACGAGAAGCAGGAGCCGUCCCUCUGAGUCCCUUGGAGGUCGAAGAGAUGGAGGGCGAAGAGGGUUUAUGA